AUGGGCGAUAGGAGAAAAAAGCUUGAAGAAUUGGUAGCUAAACGUAAAGUAGCUGACGAAUCUAACGAAGGAGAUAAUGACAAUAAAAAGAAUAAGCCAAAACCAAAAUCUAAUGCGGCAGCGCCUGCGAAAGCUACAAAGUCACAAACUUCUCCUGCCACAAAUCCUAAGCAAUCUUCACCUGCAGCAAAAUCUAAAGGGGGUAGACCAACACGUCAGGACCAAUAUGAAGAAGAUGGCUUCAUCGUGGAAGAAGAAGAAGAAGAGGGAGAAGUAGAAUCAGAAACUGAAAGUGGUUCAGUGUCUGAAGCGUUUAGUGUAUCAAAUGAAUCAUCCGAAUCUGAUUCUGACGACGGAAAAAAGAAAACGAAGAAAGGCAGCAAACAAAAACAAAAAAAUAGCAAACCUAAACAAAAGAAGAGGACAACAAAAAGAAAAAAGGAUGAGGAUAGUGACGAUGAUGAUGAUUCCGAAGAUGAUUCAAAGAGAAGAUCUAAUAAGAAAAAUAAAAGGGAAUCAGAUUCAGACGAUUUUGAAUUCUUAGACGAUGAUGUUCAAGCGAUUGAUACAAGUUUAAUCAUAAAGGAACGAAGGACGAGAGGAAAAAAGAUAGAUUUUACAGGAAUGGAUCCUUACGAUGACAAAUGA